GGCAAAAAGAUAUGGAAUAAAAGGACGAGAAUGACCUUGUUAUUGGUUGAGACGGAAAUGCAACUCGGAGGCGCGGCAAGGAACCUAUAGUCUCUACCACCGUCAUUACUAUUCCGAUCAGUUCUAUUCUAAGCUCUCAUUUCUACGUCCUACUUUCUGGUAACGUUCUUCUUCCUAUGCGUAUGUGUCGAAUUUGCUUACAUAAAUGUCAAAUAGCUGCAGAAGUGAUAAUCAUACUCCCUUAAAUGCGGAGCAACUUAGUACAAGACGUAGAAGAGAGCAUAGAAAAGAGAAGGGUGUUUUACAAAGUUCUCAAUCCCAAAGCAUUCAAUCAGUCCAGAUGCAGAUACUAGAACAACACAAGAUGUCAUUUUUAGAAGCUCACGCUGAAGAUAAGAAACACAUUCAGGGGUUGGAAAAAGAGCUGCUGAACUGUUCUCAAGAAAUAGAUUAUCUUCAGGAUCAACUCAGUGCAAGCAAUACAGAGGUGAACUACCUGGAAGAGCAUAUUCGCAGCCUUGAAUUGAAAUUAGAGGGGAUGGAAGAUUUACAAGAGGAGGUUUUCAGAUUAAGGGAGGAGCUGAAAAGAUCCAAUUCAAAGCAUUUUUUCUUGAUCCAGGAACUAGAUACUAAAGAAAUAGAAUUAGAGAAGUCAGCUUUGUCCAUAGAGAAACUAGAGGAAUCAUUUUCAUCCAUAACAUUAGAGUCCCAGUUUGAAGUAGAGAGCAUGAAGCUUGAUAUGAUGGCCUUGGAACAGAGUCUUUUUGAGGCCAAGAAAAUCCAGGAUGAAACUCUAGAUGAAAAUAAUAGAAUGAGUAGAUCAAUUGAGGAGCUCCAGGUUGCAUUGCAGGAUGCCCAAAAAAUCAUCAUCUCCCUAAAUGAAGAAAAUAGGAAACUUAAAGAGAAGCUUGAUAUUGCCAACAAAAACUCUAGAAUUUCUUCUCAAAAGGAUGAAUACUGGCUGGAAAACAAUGACAGAUUGCAACUCGAGACUCAAUCUUCCUUGAAUGGACGAGGCAACAACUCUACCAUACUGGAGGACAUACGCACUUAUGGAGUACAUGGUCCACAUGUUGGAAGAUUGGCAAUGAUCCUAUAUCUAGCUGCAGAUUUAAAAGGGAAGAUGGAAAUGUCACAACAGAUCCAAGAAUAUGAAUGUCUUAUCAAGAAACUUAAGGAAGAAUUAAGAGAGGAAAAGUUGAGGGCCAAAGAAGAAGCAGAGGAUUUAGUUCAGGAAAUGGCAGAGCUGAGAUACCAAUUUACUAGUUCACUAGAGGAAGAAUGUAAGCGCCGUGCUUGCAUUGAACAUGCAUCCUUGCAAAGAAUUGCCGAGUUAGAGGCUCAAGUAUGAAUUUGGAACUUCAAAGAGAGCAUAAAAACCCUUAAUUGCUGCCAGGCAUCUCCCUGAAACAAAGGCUGGCACUGUUCUGAGUUGUCCAGGUUCAGCAGUAGAGAAUGAACUCAAAGGUUUGCAUUGAUGUAUCUCAAAAGUUGCCCUCUUAACAUAAAAGUAGAUUGCUAAACACUUGGGUCAUUACAGUGGAACUUUGAAUUCAAAAUGCAUGUGGGAUUUCAAUUCCCUUGUGUACUGAAGAGAGAGUUUGGUAGUUCUUAGAGUUGCAUACUACACAGUAUUAUGGCCAGAAAUCAGUUAAGUUGAGGAAUAGUUUUAAUGUCUAGUUUUAGGGAGGAAAUGAAAUAAUGGAAAAUAUGGUUAGAAAAACAGAAUAGAAUGAAAAUGCAAUAUGUUCCUUCCCUUUGUCUGAGUUGUUAAAAAUUGAAGUUUGCUUCAUUUUUCAACCAUGAAGUAUUGAAAUUUGCUUCAUGCCAUUUUAUGUAAUACCAGUCUUCCUCAGUCCUUUCUGACCCUUGAAGUGUUUCACAAAAUUACUUCCACUAAUUUGAUUUGCCAUUGUUUCUCAGGGUUUAUAGAUCCUUGCAAGAAAAUUGUUAUAUCCUGGACAACAACAUUGUAUCCCACGUCUUCUUAUGCCUUCUAUUAAAUAUGAAAGAAUCAAAGUGGGUAUCAUAGAAGAAAAGGGAACGACUUAACCGAAGUGGCUAAGGAUGUCUGGAGUUUUUUUUUUUUUUUUCGUUUGUGUGUUUUGAGGGCAUCGAGCGGAGAGGAUUGAAAUUGUACUUGAUCGACCCAUGAAUGUAAAUCGUACACUUUUCCGGUUUGAAUUCAUUUUUUUAAAAUGAAUGAUUCUUGACAAACACUUAUUUUUUAA